CGGCGCGGGGCAAGAUGGCGGCGGCGGCGGAGCACGAGACGGAGUCUCCCGCCGGGGCCCAGGCCCCAUCCCCGGCCCCGGCCCCGGCCUCACAGCGGCCCCGGUACCGGCAGCUCCUGGAGCUGGUGCUCGGCAGCAGGAAGAACGCUAACAGCGUGUUCGACAUCCUGGAGGGGCUAGAGGCUGAAGACGAAGCUGAAAUCCUCACUGCAACUGCAACCUGCAGCAAAUUAUUUUGCACUUUACUGCAACAAGGAGAAGUUUUUUUUGGCCAGCUGCCUGGAGAAGAGGAGUAUCUGGCAACCGACUCCAGUGCUGAGGUGAAGUACAAGAUGUGGAUGAGGUAUCGUUAUCAGAGUUGCAUCAACCAGUUACUCAACCUGAUGGUGCAUGAAUCGAGUCAGGUACAGGAAGUGGCACUCUGCGCAUUGAUGAAAUUUGUUCAGGCAGAAGGAAGAUGGCCCCUUGACAGACAUGAAGACAGUGAGCGGAAUAUCUUUCCGCAAGGGCUGUUAAAGUUGCUUGUGGACAAUUUGCUUCAGAUUGAAAGAGAUACUUUGUCCCUACUGUCUCGAUUUCAGGAGUACAUGGAAUAUGAGGAUGUGAGAUAUUACGUCAUGGUUUAUGCUGUUAAUAAUAUCUCAAGGAUAAUGCAGAAUUCGAAGGGGGAUUUGCUUCCAGUUUAUCAACAAAACACAUUUGGUCUUUUGUCUUUAAUUCGCAUGCCAGUUGAGCAGGAAGAACUCUCAAAUUUCCUCGUGAAGCAACAAAGUAAACACACAGAAUGGAAGGCGACCAGAUUGAAGGAACACAGAAGAGUGUUUGAGCGACUGUGGCUGGCAUUCCUCAGACAUAAGCUAUCAACUAAUCUUUAUAAGAAGGUGCUGGUGAUUUUGCAUGAGUCCAUUUUGCCACACAUGAGCAAGCCGACCCUAAUGAUUGACUUCCUUACCGCUGCUUACAACAUAGGAGGAGCCAUUAGUCUACUUGCCUUGAAUGGACUCUUCUAUCUUAUUCAUCACCAUAACCUAGAAUACCCAGACUUUUACAAAAAGCUCUAUAGUUUGCUGGACCCGUCUGUGUUGCAUGUGAAGUACCGAGCACGAUUCUUCCACCUUCUCGAUGUAUUCUUGUCUUCAAGCCAUUUGCCAGCGUAUCUUGUGGCAGCAUUUAGCAAGCGUUUAUCUCGCCUGGCAUUAACCUCCCCACCUCAGGCUCUUCUGAUGCUCAUUCCGUUCAUCUGUAACCUAAUCCGUCGGCAUCCAUCAUGCAAGCUUCUUAUUCAUAGAUCCAAUCAACCUCAAGAUCUUGCUGCUGACCCAUACAUAAUGGAGGAGGAAGAUCCUGCCAAGUGCCGAGCCAUGGAGAGUUCUCUGUGGGAAAUCCAGACUCUGCAGUAUCAUUACCAUCCCGAUGUUGCCAAUCAAGCAGCUACAAUAAAUAAAGCUUUGUCCAGUCAAGAGUCCGACCUGUCCACACUCCUUGACCUUUCUGUUUCAGAGCUUUUUGAAAGAGAACCAAAGAAGAGAAUGAAAUCAAUUCCCUUGGAGUUUGAGCCAGCCGAAGGAUUACUGGGAAAGAGAAAUGAUCUGGUCAGGCACCACUGGACUUUGGAGUAACAGCUGCCACAGAGUGCAACAUGCUUCAUUGACUACGAGUAUGCAGCACAUUUGUUUUGCUUGCUUUGUGGUUUUCAAAUUCCGUUUCCAUGCAGUGAUAAUUAUUACAGUUAUUAAUUAAAGGACUUUGUAGUAGA